AUGACUGAGUUCAUGUGGGGAAUAUUUAAAAGCAUAAUUCAAGUUCAAGUUGUUCACGAGUCAUCAGCAUCAAAACAUCAUGCAAAAUUGUGUGUUGUUUCAAGGCUGAUUGUUGGUUGUUUCUCUGAUGAUUCUCAAUCAGUUCGCAACGAGCGAUGUCAUGCCAUAAAAGGAUUCGCAUUCAUUAUGGUUUCUGAAGACUCGUCAAUUAUCAUUAAGCGUGGAAAGAAAAAAAAUCUUAAAUAA